AUGGAGGAGAAGCAGGAUGAGGGAGUCUCCCCCCGCGAAGCAAUUGCUUUAAUGAAGAGAGGCUGUUCGUUCCUCAAGUGCGGGUCACGGGGCAGUCCGCACUUCCGGGAGCUGAAGCUGAGCGGCGACCUCACCACCCUCUCGUGGACGAGUCCCAAGAAGACCAGCAACCAGUCCACCAUCGACGAGAUCCGGAUCGGACAGAAUACGCCCGUGUUCAAGAAGAACCGAAAGCCCGAGUACGAGAACGUUUCCUUCUCCAUCAUCUAUGGCGACAAGACCCUGGACCUCGUCUCCAAGAACGUCCGCGAACGCGACAUAUGGGUGCAGGGCCUUAAGGUGCUCACACUGGAGCCCCACCUGCUCUCCGAGGUGGACAGCGUGGCCACCGACGAGGAGAAGGUGUCGGUCAAGUUCAAGGGGAAGAGGACCAUCGUGGAGAAGCGGGAGGUCAGCAACGACAAUGGACGCGUGGGCCACGGCGACGAAGAGGACCACAAGGUACCGCGCGUGGUGGAGGCCCUCCUGGGCAAGGAUGUGCGGGGCAUCGCAUGCGGGGCCGCACACACGGCCGCCUGGAACGGCGCGGGCGUCCUCUACACGUGGGGCGCCGGACAGGGCCGUCUAGGACACGACCACGAGCGAGACCGGUUCAUCCCGCUCGAGGUGUCGGCCCUCGGCGGCAAGAAGGUGGUGCAGGCCGCCUGCGGCUACGCCCACACGGCCGCCAUCACCGAUGCGGGGCGGGUGUACACGUGGGGGCAGGGCAAGGGCGGCGUGCUGGGCCACGGCGACGAAUCGGCGUGCUCCACCCCGCGCGAGGUGGCCAGCCUCGCCCUCCAGGUGAUCGUCGUCGUCAUCGUGGUGGUGGUGGUGGCGGCGGUGGUGGCUGGUGGGUCGGGCACGGUGUACGCGUGGGGCGGGAACGAGAAGGGGCAGCUGGGAUUCGGGGACCGCACCCCGCGCAUGAGCCCCGCCCUCCUGGCCGACCUCUCCUCCAUCUCCCGCAUCGCCUGUACGUACCUCCAAUCUAACCUUCCCGUGAAGCGGAGGCAUCGGGCGCGGCAGCUGAUGAUGCGCAUGUGGACCUGGGGCGACGGGGCUUCGGGCCAGCUGGGCCACGGCACCGAGGAGGAGGAGCUCGUGCCGCGACAGGUGAUGGCCUUGGAGCAGGUCAACAUUAUCGCCGUGGCCGCCGGCAAGGCACACACGGCCGCCCUCACCAGCCAGGGCGAGGUGUGGACGUGGGGCGAUGGCAGUGACGGACAGCUGGGCCACGGGGCCGCCAUCCUGCGAUACUGCAAGCCGCUCCUGAUCGAGUCCCUCAAGGAUUCGGGCCAUCUCUACGCGUGGGGCAACUCCAGGCGCGGAGCCCUUGGCGGGGGCCUCGCCGAAGAGGUGGUCAGCGUUCCGCGCGCGGUGGAGGCCAUGGAGGGCAAGAAGGUGAAAGCAGUGGCGUGCGGCAAAAGGCACUGCGCCGCGCUGGUCCUCCACGCGUGGAUCCCCGAUGAAGAGUCUACCCUCUGUAUGGCGUGCAAGGCGCCCUUCACAAUGAUCCGCCGGCGCCACCACUGCCGCAACUGCGGGGGCUUGUUCUGCGGGUCGUGCUCCUCCAAGCGCAUUGCCCUCCUCGACGCGGGCUUCGCGAGUCCGGUGCGGGUGUGCGACCGGUGCCACUCGUCCCGCACCAGCACGGGGUAG